GCCACAGCCCACCUCCAUCUCCAGCUCCAAUCUGCUAGUCAAAAUUUGUGUCUGGCUUUUCUUUCUCAUGGGAUAACACUGUCACUUGUUACAAUCCCCAAAACCCCUUUUUCUUUCUCUAAUAAAAAAAACCACCCAAAAAUCUUCAUAACCAAAACCCCUUCCACAUUCUUUCAUUCGAUUUCCAUCUAAAAUCAUGGAGACAAUCAAAUGCAGAUCACUCCCAAACAACAAGAGCAAGAUAGCAAGAACAUUCCAAAAAGUUAUCAACCUCAAGACUGCAACUAGAAUUGCUUCAAAUAAUGGGAUUGGCAUGUGUAUGCUGACACCACACAACAAGUUCGAUCAAGAUGAUUCAAACACCGCCUACAAACCUCAAAACACUAAUAAUCACAAGAAGAAAGAUGCCAGGGCCAAGCGCAGAGCAGUCUUGGAGGCAUUGCUGGCAAAGCUAUUUGCAAGCAUUACUACAAUUAAAGCAGGUUACGCGGAGCUACAAAUGGCUCAGAAUCCUUAUUGUAGUGAUGCUAUACAAGCUUCAGAUCAGGCUGUUGUUGAUGAGUUGAAACAAUUAUCACAACUUAAGCGUAGUUUUUUCAAGAAUGAGCUUGACCUUUCACCCCAGGUUACUAUGAUGCUGGCGGAGAUUCAAGAACAACAGGGCUUAAUGAAGACCUAUGAGAUCACAAUCAAGAAACUGGAAGCAGGUGUUGAGGUUAAAGAUUCAGACAUUGGUUCACUCAAGAAACAGCUUGAUGAGGCCAUAGCUUUUAACAAGUCUCUUGAGAAGAGACUAAAUGCAAGUGGGCCUCUAUCAAUGUUCGACAACAUUCGGUUUUCACUCCUAAAUCCAACCCAUUUUGUUCAAUUCUUGCAUCAUGCUUUAAGGUCCGUGAGGAAUUUUGUGAAACUAAUGGUUUGUGAAAUGGAGGUAGCCCGCUGGGAUAUUGAAGCAGCUGCAAAAGCAAUUGAACCAGAAAACACUGUUUUCGCAAAUCCAAGCCACAGGUGCUUUGUCUUUGAAUCUUUUGUGUGCAAAACAAUGCUUGAGGGUUUCAAUCAUCCAAAUGAAGAGCUUCAAAGUGAACACUACUACUUCAUUGAAUUCAAAAAGCUCAAAUCUUUGAACCCAAAACAGUUCUUGACUCAGAAUCCAGACUCAUCAUUUGCACGAUUCACAAGGGCUAAGUAUCUUCAACUUGUUCAUGCAAAAAUGGAGUGCUCUCUGUUUGGGAAUUUAAACCAGAGAAAACUAGUGAGUUCUGGUGGAUUCCCAGAUUCUGCUUUCUUUAAUGCAUUUGUUGAGAUGGCUAGAAGGUUAUGGGCCUUGAAUCUCUUAGCUUUCUCGUUUGGUGAGGAUGUCAGUAUUUUUCAGGUAGCCAAGAAUUGCAGAUUCUCUGAUGUCUACAUGGAGGCUGUUACACAAGACUCAGUAUUAGAAACCACCAACGCUGACACUGAUCUCCUGGUAGCUUUCACAGUGGUUCCAGGAUUCAAGAUUGGCAAAACUGUGAUACAGAGUCAAGUGUACUUGUCUCCGGCGAGUUCUUGAUGUUCUCCCCCUUUGCUCUACCUUUUGUUUUGUAUAAUUUUGUAAUAUAAGUCCAGUGAUUGCUGCAAAAACCUUGGUUUAUGGUAGACCAAUCAAAUUAUUUAGCCGAUUUGAAUCGAUUUGGUCUAAUAUAAGCCGAGCUGUCAUAUCAAAUCCUGUAGUAAAAAAAAAGAUGGUUACAAGUUCAUUUACUCUGGCUAGCGGGACUUGACAAUUUUGCCAAAUAUUUGAUCUUCACUCGAAGGUGCGGUUAGGAGACUAGACAUGGUGGCGCGUGGGUUGAACAUGCCUUGUCGCAUGAGGGAGCAUGGGAUGUUUCGACCCACCUCCGAAAAGUGGUGUAUGUUCAUGUCAUUGUAUUAUUGUAAUGGAAAAUCAAAUGGUGUGGGGAGAAAAUAGAAAUUAUCUUCAUCAAUUUUUGUUA